AGAAAUCGAGUUUUUGAUGCCAGUGUGAGUUGAAUAGGUCAGCCAAACCAUCCAAGGCUAUAGAAUUAUUAUCUAUGUCAGAGAUAAUGAAGUCCCUGCUUGUAAUACCUUAUGUAAAAAAAUAUCCGCACUGUCGACAAUGCGUCAUGCACAGAGCACGUUUGUCGCAAGAGCCUGGCAGUAGCAACGGUGCGACAUGGCCGAACUCAACCACAAGAUUACUCAAUUUUUUUUUUUUUAAUCCAAGAAAACUAAAUAAGAAUCUCUCCCAGAUAGUACAUUGCGGUUCCCUUCAUCCCCCUGGAACGGUAGCCUAAAAUACGCGGACUGGACGAGGGGGAAUAACUCUUACGAAGUUACGCUGUUUAAUCAAUCACACAAAAUAUGAUGACGUCAGUUAGUUUCGCUUUGGUCCACAACAUUCGAUAGGACUGCACAUCAGGUAGUGCACAAACUAAGUCACAAUGGCUUCGAAUGGAUCAGUACAACGACUGGACGGGAAGGUGGCGUUAAUUACAGGUGCCAGUUCAGGAAUAGGUAGAGGGACUUCUACACUGUUUGCUGAACUAGGAGCACAGUUAGCUCUGACUGGACGGAAUGAAGAAAAUCUCCAAGCAACUGCAGCCCAGUGUAUUCAGAAUGGCAGCAAGCAGCCCCUCCUGAUUGUUGCUGACAUGGCGAUAGAAGAGGAUGUAACACGUAUCCUGAAUGAGACGAUAAAACAUUAUGGACAACUAGACAUUCUGGUCAACAACGCUGGCAUAGUUAAAGUUGGUGGCAUUGACAACACAUCAAUGGCAGACUACGAUGCUGUGAUGAACAUAAACGUCAGAGCUCCAUACCAACUUACAAUGCUUGCAGUGCCAUAUCUAACCAAGACUAAAGGCACCAUAGUGAAUGUGUCCAGUUUGAACGGCAUGAAAUCUUUCCCUAACCUAAUAGCCUACUGCCUGUCAAAGAGUGCUGUGGAUCAAUUAACCCGAUGUACAGCUCUGGAACUUGCUUCUAAAGGAAUCCGUGUUAACAGUGUCAACCCCGGGAUCAUCAUCACGGAAAUCCACAAACGAGGCAAAACUGAAGAGCAGUACCAACAGUUCCUUGAGUAUUGCAAGACAACGUAUACUUUGGGUCGUGUCGGGCAGGUAGAAGAAGUUGCUAGGACGAUCGCCUUUCUAGCCUCGGAGAGUUCGUCCUUCAUCAACGGUGCCCAGAUCCCUAUAGACGGUGGACGUCAUGUCAUGUGUCCGCGCUAGGGCCUACAUCAUGUGUCUGUGCUAAGGCCUACAUCAUUUGU